AUGGGUGCCCCCGACUCCGAGAUGACUCUACCCAAGACCGAGCAGGAUAUCAUUCCCGAUUCCAUGCGUUACGAAUACGACCCCUGGCUCCUCGAUGAUCACCCGCUCCGCUCGCAUCCUACCGUUUGUAUCCCAGGUCUAGGCACCUUCAUUGCCGAAUGGUACGCCUCAGUCGAGCGCCGCUGGAAGGACGGCCUCUUCCGAGUGGUAUGCAUUCUCCUCGCUUGUUUUGCGGCAUUUAAGUGUUUACAAGCACUCCCCUCGGUUGGAGGCAAAGGCACAGCCCAUCCAACCUCUCUCGCCCAUCAUAGCACACGCGACUGGCACUUUACCUGCACAUUUCCCAACUCUGAUCCCCGUGCCACCGCCCUUGCGCAAUCUGCUGUCGCCGGAUGCGAUGGUUUCCGCACCGACAUUUGGCUGCACGGCAACGAGCUGCAGAUGGGCCCAUCCGACGCCGGCCCAAAGGCUAUCAAUGACAUGCAGAACCGCCUCGAUUCGCUCGUUACCAAACUGGGCCCUCGAGAUCUUUCCAUCCCCACCGACAUUCAGAUGCCCAUGAACACCGAACCCGAACCUGAAUCUCUCAAUGAAGUCGAGGAAGAGACGUCCCACUCUUUCUGGCUCGUUCUGGACCCCCAAUCAUCGCUCCACGAGCUGUAUCCGUAUCUGGUCUCCCAUCUAGAUCUGCUCCGUCAGCGUGGUCUUUUGACUCACUGGAACGGCGCACGCGUGGUGCAGCGUCCAUUCACAGUUGUCGUGGCUAGUGAAUCCCUCCCCCGGUCGGAUUGUGCCGACCAUCCUUACACCGAUAUCUUCUGGGCCUCCAGCGAAGAAACAUCUUCGUGGAAUGAUAGGUCGCAUGACCAUCUCAUCCCAAUCUGUGCCGUUUAA